AGACCCCAGAUCCGUGGGAGGAAACAUGGCGGCAGGCACGGAUUUUGGACUGAAGAGCACAGUGUGGCAGAAAAUAAAAGCCGAAGUCUUGGAUGACUGCAGGAACAAGGAUGAAUGGAAGAUACUGCUAUUAGAUCAUUUCACAACCAAAUUGCUGACAUCAUGCUGCAAGAUGACGGACUUGUUGCAACAGGGUAUAACGGUGGUGGAGGACAUUUUUAAAAUACGGCAACCAGUUGAACACAUGAAAGCCAUUUACUUUAUAUCUCCUACUGAAAAGUCUGUAGAUUGUUUGGUGAAUGACUUCAACAGUAAAUUUACCAGCAAAUACAAAGCUGCUUAUGUCUAUUUCAGUGAUGUUUGUCCUGACAACCUUUUCAGCAAGCUGAAGUCCUGUCAUCCCAAGGCAAUAAAAAAGUGUAAGGAGAUCAGCAUAUCAUUUUUCCCCAAGGAGUCACAGGUUUUCUUGCUCAAUGUCCCUAAAGCUUUUCACUUGCUGUACAGUCCAGAUAAAGCAGUGGAUAAGGAAACUGCCAUGCAAACCAUUGCCCAGCAAAUAGUGACAUUGUGUGCAACUCUGGAGGAAAACCCUGGAGUGAGAUAUAAAAAGGAACCACUGGAUAAUGCAGAAGAACUGGCCAAUCUGGUGGAGGAACAACUUGUUCAGUAUUACAGAAUGGAUGAAAAAGACCAGUUUAAGGCUAAAUCACACUCACAGCUGCUCAUAGUGGACAGAGGAUUUGAUCCAUUUUCUACUAUACUUCACGAACUUACCUUUCAAGCCAUGAUCUAUGAUCUCCUGCCAAUCGAGAACGAUGUCUAUAAGUAUCGGACUGAGAGCGCCUUAACAAAGGACAAAGAAGCACGAUUAGACGAGUCUGAUGAACUAUGGGUUAAAGUUCGUCACAAACACAUUGCUGUUGUGUUGGAAGAAAUCCCCAAACUUGUCAAAGAAAUUUCAUCCAGCAAAAAAGAAACCGAAGGAAAUAUCUCCAUAAAUAAACUGGCUGAAAUCAUGAAAAAGAUGCCCCAUAUCCGUAAGCAGAUAAGCAAACAAACCCUACACCUUAGUUUAGCCGAAGAUUGCAUGCAGAAGUUCCGAGGAAAGAUGGAGAAGUUAUGCAAAGCUGAGCAGGAUUUGGCAUUGGGGAGUGAUGCAGAGGGACAGAAAGUCAAAGACCACAUGCGUGUUCUUCUUCCAAUUUUGAUAAGCAACGACCUUGAUAAUUAUGACAAAAUAAGAGCCAUCCUUUUGUACAUCUUUGUAGAGAAUGGAACCUCCCAGGAGAACCUGGAUAGGCUGAUCACGCAUGCUAAAAUUGAAGGUGGGGGAGAUGUUUUGAAGAACUGGAAGUACCUUGGAGUUCCAAUUGUCCCUAAGUCAUUGCAGCGUAAACCUGGAAGGAGAGACCGAUCAAAGGAGGAGACAUUUCAGUUGUCGCGUUGGACUCCUGUAAUAAAGGAUGUUAUUGAGGACACUAUUGAGAAUAAGUUGGACUCCAAGGAGUGGCCAUAUUGUUCUGAGUGCCCAGCAGCUUGGAAUGGAUCUGGGGCAGUGAGUGCCAGGCAAAAACAAAACACAAUAUCCCGGGAUGAAAGGAAGAACGUGUCGAGGCUUAUUAUUUUUGUAAUCGGAGGGAUAACCUACUCUGAAAUACGUUGUGCUUAUGAAGUGUCACAGGCCAACAAGUAUGUGCAAGUAAUAAUAGGUUCAACUCAUAUUAUUACUCCUAAAACAAUGCUGGAUGAUAUAAAGAAUCUCACUAAGGAAACCGUUAUCCCAACAGAUGACUAGCAAACAUCUUACGCCUGUUUUCUUAUUUAAACACCACUUCCAUGCACCUUAAUAAUGUUAUCUUUGUGUGAUCUGUUUCACAACCCGCUCCUUGUAAACAGGCGCUCUCCUCCUCCAACCACUGGAAUGUUUUAUCACUAGAAGCCAAGGGUUUCUUUUAAAUCUAAUUGUGCUUUAAUCUAUUAAUCAUCCUUUAACCAAUAAACUUCUCUGCAAAGCACUGAAAAAUGGAAUUUGUACAGGGAAUGUCGGCAUUUGCUUUAUUGAGAUUUACGCAGUUUUAUGGCUGACUUUAUAAUGGUUACAUAUGCACUGUUUCACUUGUGUUUUAUUUUUAAUAUAUGAAACAUCUUUUCUUUGACUAAUGGGAAGAGAAAGAAAUCUCAAAUAAACAGCAUCAUUUUAUAAAUUGUAUUAUAGCAAAUUAACAAGAGAUUGAAUACUGCCUGCUCAGCUCUGGACCAGGUAUAACUAGCCACGUAUCUCUCUGCAGGUUUGUUUUAGGGAGGAUUAGAAGGGAACCACCGUAUAUGAUGAAAAUCAUUUGAAAAAGCUGUAGGUUGGAAAUGAAUGUUGAAAUAAUACGUUUUAUUUAUUUUUUUCUUUCAUUUAUAAUUUUUUUAUGCAGCCAGUAUAAAUAUAAAGAACUGUAAGCAAACCAAUGUUAACACAAAUAUAUUCAACAAAACAGCUGGAAAUAAAGAUAUAUUUUUAAUUUGAA